AUGGCAGAAAUCACUAUCCAGGGCUGGGAUACUCGCGAUGUGCGAUUCCCCACAUCCCUUGACAAGACCGGCUCCGAUGCCAUGAACGCAGCUGGCGACUACUCAGCCGCGUACUGCAUCUUGAAGACAGACUCGAAGUUUGCUGGUCAUGGAAUGACCUUCACAAUUGGCCGCGGAAACGACAUCGUCUGCAAAGCCAUUGACAAUGUGGCUGAACGGAUCAAAGGCCGCACCCUCUCAUCCCUCGUCGAAAAUUGGGGCCAGACAUGGCGCUACCUAGUCUCCGACUCACAAUUACGGUGGAUUGGGCCCGAGAAGGGCGUUAUACAUUUGGCACUUGGAGCCGUCGUCAAUGCCAUCUGGGAUCUAUGGGCCAAGUCGUUGAACAAACCGGUGUGGAGAAUCGUGGCAGAUAUGACACCAGAGGAGUUCGUCAGAUGUAUCGAUUUCAGAUAUAUUACCGAUGCGAUUACGCCUGAGGAGGCAGUGGCUAUGCUGAAGAGUGAGGAAGGUGACAAGGCCAAAAGACUUCAGGAGGCGUUGGAUAGCAAGGCGGUUCCAGCCUAUACAACUUCGGCGGGAUGGCUUGGAUAUGGGGAGGAUAAAAUGAAGGGCCUAUUACAAGAGACCCUGGCCAAAGGGUAUAAGCAUUUCAAACUGAAAGUCGGGACUUCAGUUGAGGCGGAUCGCAGACGGCUGACAAUUGCGAGAGACGUUCUUGGUUACGAUAAUGGAAAUAUUCUGAUGGUUGACGCAAACCAGGUCUGGUCUGUCCCCGAAGCAAUCGAGUACAUGAAGCAGCUUGCAGAAUUCAAGCCAUGGUUCAUUGAAGAGCCUACUUCGCCGGACGAUAUCCUUGGCCACAAAGCUAUCCGUGAUGCUCUCCGCCCCUACGGAAUCGGCGUUGCCACUGGAGAAAUGUGCCAAAACCGUGUGAUUUUCAAACAACUCCUCUCUAGCGGUGCAAUUGAUAUCUGCCAGAUUGACGCCUGUCGCAUGGGCGGCGUUAAUGAGGUCCUCGCUGUGCUUCUCAUGGCGAAAAAGUUCAACGUUCCAAUUGUGCCUCAUAGCGGUGGUGUUGGACUCCCAGAAUAUACCCAACAUCUCAGCACGAUCGAUUACGUUUGUGUGAGCGGCAAGUUGAGCGUGCUAGAGUAUGUGGAUCACUUGCACGAACAUUUCGAGCAUCCUGCGGUGAUUAAGGACGGAUACUAUCAAACUCCAACCGAGCCAGGUUAUAGUGUUGAGAUGAAGGCGGCGAGUAUGGACCAAUUCAGUUUCCCUGGAGGAGAAGGAGGAUGGUGGAAGAGUGAGGAGGCGAGGCCAAUUUUGGAGGGCACCAAGAUCUAA